GAUGUUAGUAUGUGAAUAAACUUCUCUGUGAUGCCUAGGCCGGUGCUAAACUUCUGUCCAGUUGGAGAGUAGUCAAUGUUUUAGAAUAGAUUAUCAUAUCUUGUGCAGCUCUCCACUGAUAUUAAAUUCAUGAGCUUAUGUUCUUAGCACUUAGUCAUUUUGCUCGGGAAGUUCAUGGCAACAACUUCUAUUUCUUUUCAAGAAGAUUACUGCUGAGUUUCUUAGAUAGUGGGAAAAAAAUGAAUGAUCCUGGUCAUAAGAAUAUCGAGACAAAUUAUAAUAGGUCUGAUUUUGCAGACAAAGAAUAUUUGGAGCCUAAAAUAUCCCAGAGGGGUCACUGGACACCAGCUGAAGAUGCGAAGCUUCUAGAGCUUGUGCAACAGUAUGGUCCUCAAAACUGGAAUUUUAUUGCAGACCAUCUUCAUGAAAGAUCUGGGAAGAGCUGCAGGUUGAGGUGGUAUAAUCAGCUAGAUCCGCGUAUCAACCGUAGGCCCUUCACAGCAGAAGAGGAGGAGAGGCUUGUAACGGCACAUAAGUUACAUGGCAACAAAUGGGCUACAAUUUCCCGGCUCUUUCCAGGAAGAACAGACAACGCUGUAAAGAACCACUGGCAUGUCGUCAUGGCAAGAAAGUUUAGAAAACGAUCUCGGAUUUAUAGCAAACGAAAACCUUGGGAUUUUCUCAGAAAGGAAACUGCAAAUGCCAGGCUCUCUGCUGAUCAGCACAUUGAGCAGAGUUCUCUAAAGGCAUUUAUGGAGAGAUAUUAUGGGAGACAACCUCAGAACCCUAUACAUACUUCAUGUAGCAAAGCCAAUACCAACCCAGAAAAACCAAAUUCAAACAUCAAUCGAAGAGGUGUGGAAGCUGACAAUAAUAAGAAGUCAAUGAUGAGCAGAUGUAAUGCUGAAUCCAUGAUGCAAUUCAAAGAGUUAUUGUCCACACAAUCAACCAUUACAACAUCUUCCACAUUAUCAGCAUUAAACUGGCCUGCAAUGGUUCGUGGUUCUGUAAUUCGUAAGCCACAAGAUUUAACGCAAGUUAACACUCCCGACCAUAUUUGGACACAACAAGUUGCAGCAGGUUCAAAUGCACAAUUCAAUAUAUCACAGUUUAAUGACGACAAUCUGACCCCAUUUCCUCAUAGAUAUACAGAUAAGGAUCUAGCACAAGCUAAGCACGCCCAAACAAAACCAGCUUAUAGUAACAGAUGCUAUGAUCCUGCAUUUUGUCAACUGGGUACUAAUUACACCCAAAAUUUUAAUUCUAGAUUUACAUUUAUGCCCUUCGACAGGAGCUCCGGAGUAAUAAGUAGGAAGCCUGUGGAUGAAACUAACGAAAUGAAGCAACCAAUCCCAUAUACAGAUCUAAAUAUCUUGAAGAUUACUUCUGCUGUAAGGACUUCCGAUGCUGAGCAGUCAUCCCCUGAUAGUUUACAAAUAACACUGGAGAAACAACACAACAUUGAUGCAGCUAAUGUUCCCUUCUUUGAUUUCUUAGGAGUGGAUGCAUCUUAAUUAAACUUUACAGAAAUAUAUGUUCUCAUAAUUUAUUUGUUCAUAUUUCUUUUGAUAGCAGCAUGUCAAGCUGGGCAGCUUAUUAUAACAUAUUGGGAUUCACCCAAAGCAUAAGUGCUGAAUGAAAUUUUAUCUCGGAGUUUGCCAUUGUUACGAAUAGUAACAGUUGCUAAACAGCUUAUAGAAAGUAUAUUUCCUUCAAUGAAUUAAUUGUUGUCGUGAUUAAUCUGA